AUGUUUUUAGUACGAAGGCUUCUCUUAUGUGAAGAACUGGAGCGGUCGUCUUGCGGCAGUGUGCUUUUUCAUGGCUACUUGCCUCCACCAGGUAUUCCUAGUCGAAAAAUAAACAACACAACUAGAUCCUCUACUGAUUCUAGGAAUGGACUAAAUUCUACAGAGGGUGAAGCUCGAGGAAAUGGUACCCAGCCCAUUCUCUCUGGAACUGGAGAAGAGACUGUUAAGUUAGGAUUUCCUGUGGAUCCACGAAAGGUGCUAAUAGUAGCUGGCCAUCACAACUGGAUUGUAGCUGCAUAUGCCCAUUUUGCUGUAUGUUACAGAAUCAAAGAGUCUUCAGGAUGGCAACAGGUGUUCACAAGCCCGUACUUAGACUGGACUAUUGAACGAGUAGCUUUGAAUGCAAAAGUGGUCGGAGGGCCACAUGGGGACAAGGACAAAAUGGUUGCUGUUGCCUCGGAGAGUAGCAUCAUCUUAUGGAGCGUCCAAGAUGGAGGAAGUGGAAGUGAAAUUGGUAGGAAAAAUCUUGUUUUUAAUCUUGGGCAACCCGCAAAUUGCCUCAUAUAUCUUGGCCAGUUUCUUCUUGUUGUUUCACACUCUGGUAAAAUAUAAGUUGUAACUAAUAUCUAACAUGUAAUAAUCAUCUCUCUACAUCAGGUUCAAGAUGUUGUUCCUAUAACUAGUUAUGACACUGCUGGGUCAUUCCUGCUACUGGGAUGUAAUAAUGGAUCAAUAUACUACAUAGAUAUGCAGAAGUUCCCUUUGAGAAUGAAGGAUAAUGAUCUUCUUGUAACUGAACUUUACCAUGAUCCUUCAAAUGAUGCUAUUACUGCUCUGAGUGUUUACCUCACACCCAAAACAAUGUUAUGUUCUCUUUCUUUCCUAGUCUGUGCAGAUAAUAAUCAUGUCCGGACGUGGACAGUAACACGAUUCAGAGGAAUGAUCUCUACUCAGCCAGGUUCUACUCCUUUAGCAUCAUUCAAGAUACUGUCUCUGGAGGAAACAGAAAGUCAUGGAAGCUAUUCCUCUGGAAAUGACAUAGGGCCUUUUGGAGAACGAGAUGAUCAACAGGUAUUUAUCCAGAAAGUUGUUCCCAUCACAAACAAACUGUUUGUAAGACUCUCAUCUACUGGGAAAAGAAUCUGUGAGAUCCAGGCUGUUGACUGUACUACAAUAUCCUCAUUUACAGUCAGAGAAUGUGAGGGAUCCAGUAGAAUGGGCUCAAGGCCAAGGCGCUACUUGUUCACAGGCCACACUAACGGCAGCAUCCAAAUGUGGGAUCUGACCACCGCUAUGGAUAUGGUUAACAAAAGUGAAGAUAAGGAUGUAGGUGGUCCGACUGAAGAAGAGCUACUCAAAUUACUGGAUCAGUGCGAUUUGAGCACAUCUCGCUGUGCUACUCCUAACAUCAGUCCCGCCACGUCGGUGCUUCAGCAGAGCCGUCUGCGUGAGUCAAACUCUAGCCUUCAGCUCCAGCACCAUGAUACCAUCCAUGAAGCUGCUACUUAUGGCUCCAUGAGGCCUUACAGAGAGAGUCCUUUAUUAGCAAGAGCAAGAAGGACUGAGAGCUUUCACAGUUACAGGGACUUCCAGACUAUUAAUUUAAACAGAAAUGUAGAGAGAGCUGUCCCUGAAAAUGGUAGCUUGGGUCCAAUACAAGCUGAAGUGAAGCAGGGAACAGGGGAAUGUAAUGUGUCUGAGAAAAAGUCUCCUGGCCCAGAAAUAAAAAGUUCCAGAGAAUCAGAUAGUGCAUUGGAUGUGCAUAAAGUAGCUGAAGGUUUUCUAGAAUCCAAGAAAAAGUCAUCAGAAGAUGAAAAUGACAGUAAAGUGGAAUUAAGGAAGAAAGGAGGACUUGAAGGGGGAGGAUUCCUUGGAAGAAGGAAAGUUCCCUACCUGGCGUCAUCACCAAGUACGUCUGACGGAGGAACCGACUCACCUGGUACUGCAUCCCCGUCUCCUACAAAGACCACUGCAUCUCCUCGGCAUAAAAAAGGUGAUUUUUCAGGUCAAGAGUACAGCUUGUGAAAACUCACCAAAAUGAAUAGCUGUUUUGUUAAGUUUGAUGAAGGUUAAGCUUCACUGGAUUUCAAUACGUUAGUUUUUACACCAAAACUUUUACAAAUUAAAAAUGGACUUCACUUAGUAUCUUUUUAACAGAAUUACCUGGAAUAAGAAGAUGAAAUAUAUCUCUUUUGACCUUUUGGAAAAUUAUUUUUAGUUUUUCAAGUACAUGUGACAGAUCAUUUGUAAAGCAGGAGUCCAUUUCAAUAUUUAGUUACUUUGUGGAUUUUGGAAGCAUAGUACCCCCUCAGUAAGGUGGUGCGUGCAGAGAUGAGCACCCCUUACAGGGCGCGAGCCAGCAGGCUGCAUUCCUGACCUUGAUGAUGCUCAAGACUUAUUUUGAAAUGUUAUGUUCAACAAAUCACAUACUUGUCUUUGGAACUUAGUCUCUGAACCCUUAUUGUAAUUGCAGAGUGUUUACCAGAUAUCUGAUGAGGUGCUAUGUUGUGAAAAAAUACGUAAUUCAAAAACACUAUCGAUGUUGAAUACCAGAUUACACUGCACAUAGUAGUCAAGUCCCUUAGUGUAAUUUUGUUUUAAUUGUUGGUCAUUUUCUGAUUCUUGUUGUUGGAGUUCUUAAAUCUUAGAAUCACUAAUAUUAAAUGCCAAAAAUCUAUUUAAACUCUCUUUGAAGUUGGAGCAAUUGUCUGUGUUUGAACAGAUGGAAUAAAAACAAUCAGGAAAGAGCUGUGUGUCCAGAAGAGAGAACUGUACCACUUGCUAGUAUGUCUUGCUUUAGGAGCCACUGUAUUUUUUUUUUUUGUAUGUUAAUAAUUGAUGUUAUUAUAUUAGAAUGUGACCAUUUUGUUGAGCUUAUGAGAAUGCGAUUCUGAAUUUUGGUUAAAUGUUUUGGCUACUGUUAAAAUGUUAUUUUAAAUAUAUUUUGAAUUGUAAGAACAAAAGGAAAAUUUUUGUACAGCUUUUUUCAUUUAGUUGGAAUGAUUUUCAAGUUUCUGCAAAUAGGGUAAUUGUAAAUUUAAAACAUUAAGCAUUUAUUGGUGAAUAAUAUAUAUAUUCCCAUUCCAAGAAAUACAAGUGAAGUUGAAAUAGAUUCUUUAAAGUUUACUAUAUUGCUAAUGGUUUCACAACAGUUCUCUUGUAUUUAUUUAUCAAGUCAAAUAAAAAUGAUCGAGACUA